GUAAAGGCAAUUAAAAUCGAUUUGAAAAGAAAUGAAUAUUAAAAUCCAAUUAGAACCGGGAUAAUUAAUCAGUGAAUAUUUUGAAUAGUAUGAAAUUUCAUCAGAAGCGAGGAGAUAGAUACCUCAAUCAAAAAAAGACGUUCAAUACAAAGAAAUAACUUUCAAAGCUGAAUUAAAUAUAAUAUAGAACGAAACGGCGUCUAGUGCAUAUCGACUUGUGUGUUAGCGGAGCAUUAUUCUUGAAUAUCCUCUUCAAUAUCACCGCUAGAUGUAAAUCCAUUGGAAAUCUUGAUUGCUGAGUAAGAAAUUCAUACGUAUUAUUGUUUUUGUAUUCUCACAUAUCCUCUGUUGUCAAGUAGCAGACAAUGCUGAGAAAAUGCCUAUAUAUCGUUAUGAUUCUAUCAUGCUCAAAGGCUGAUGAAAACGACAGUUAUUUGGAAGCCCCUCAGCUGUACAGCGUGACGUCAAUCGAGCCACCUGGGUUAUACAUCCAUUGGAGACCUGUUAAAUAUUUAAUGCGCAAUCCUAUCUUGGGUUAUAAGAUACGCAUCUACGAGAUAACCGAGUCACCUGAGAGAGAAGCAAAAUUAAUUAAUAAACAACCAAGAUAUAUGGAGAAUGACACACCUGUACAGCAAUUUCAUUCAAACAAAAUAGAUCCAACUAUCGAGAUAAUAACGGGUGUAAAUGUUAAAGCUACGGUUACGGACCUUAAAUACAAUACUAUUUAUGAAGUAAGAGUUCUUGCCUUCAGAAGUAGUGUCGAUGGUCCUCCAUCAGAUCCAGUAAGAAUUAAAUUGUUAAAAGAUACCGAGUAUAAUGCUGCUAUAUCAAGGUCUGUGAAUGGGUGUCAUCUGUCUGUGCACGAGGAAAAUGUACAAAUUGGAGAAGAUAUCUUUCAAUUAAUUGAUAAUUCUUAUUUUUAAAACAAUGCUGAUAUUAUCUGCUUCGAGCAGGUUCGACAUAUAUAAAGAUUUAUUUAUAGUAACAGGACAAUGAUAGGAGGU